AUGGACUUCACCAUUAUUACUCGUCCCAUGUCGGCGCGGUUUCCCUGGUUUCUCUCCACCCUUUUCCCUCCCCGCAAACCUCAGCCAUCGGCGUCGGCGUCGGUUUCCGUCUCGACGCAGACUGUGCCCAAUAGCCGACCGCCAUCUGUCAAUGAGGUCACACCGUCUCCGGAGGAGCUCUUGGAAGCUCGCCGGGAGAGAGCACGCAUGGAAGCAGAGGAGGUCCUCCGGAAUCUGGUCGGUCAAGAGCAUGUCAAACGGCGAUUGAACGAGAUCCAGACAUGGAUCAACAUCUGCCAGAGACAGGGUAAGGACCCCAAGGAUGAGUGGUACAACAUCGUCCUUCAGGGAAAUGAAGGCAUUGGCAAGACCACUGUCGCACGGGUAUAUGCGAACAUUCUCUUUGCCAUGGGCAUCGUGGACAUGCCGACCGUCCAAGAAAUCUCUGGAGCCGCGCUGGCCGCGCAGGGAUCAGAGGGGCUGCAGCAGGUGAUCACCAGCAUGAUCGAUGCUGCAACUCCGUCGGCACAGACGGUCGGGGUCCUGCUCAUCGAAGAUCCCCAUCUUUUGACAACAACGGCCUGCUGUGAUAGCGGCCGCGAGGUCUUCGAUUGCCUUUUUAAGGCAAUGGAGCGCACGACCGGCAGAGUGAUUGUCGUACUCACAGGCAACCCUUCAGAAAUGGAGGAGCUUGUCCGCCUUCACCCUCGAUUCGAAAGAAUGAUGUGUUGCACUCUACAAUUCGCUGACUUUGACUCAAACGAUUAUCUCACCUUGCUUGCUCGAUGCAUGCAAGACCGCUUUGGCAGUGAUCUCGAGGUCGAUGGAGGUCUAGAUGGCCCGUACAUGCAGAUGGCCGCUCGUCGACUGGUUCGCGCAGCUGCCGGCAAUGGGCCCCGAAACGUCCAUGCGGUCAAACGUCUGUUGGAUAAUAUGACCCGCCGCCAAGUCCAAUACCUGCUAGCCCAACAGCAUGAGAGCUCAGAGGAGGCCAACCACUUUUCUCUCUCAAAAGAAGACUUGGUGGGCCCCAGGCCAGCAGAUGUUAUGGCUAAGAGCCAGGCUUGGGCCAACAUGCAGAAGCUCGUUGGACAAGAUGCGGCCAAGGCAUCGGUAGCCGAGAUAAUCGAUACAGUUGAGGAGAACUACUGGCGUGAAUCCCGGAAUCAGCGACCAUUCUCUAUCCGCGUCAACAGAAUCUUUAUCGGACCGUCAGGCACCGGUAAAUGCACGGUCGCCACGUUGUAUGGGCAGGUCCUAGCUGAGCUGGGUAUUCUGACCAGCGGAGAAGUCGUGAACGUGCGAAUUUCUCACAAGCCCGAUGUGUCUCUAGUGAUCGAGGAUCUGUUGGAGUCGACCGUUGGUAACGUUCUCCUAGUUGACGUGUCCGACGUGAAUGAGGCGUCGGAAAUCAUGCUGGAUUCUCUCCUCAACCAAUUGUCACUUCUCCCUCGCCAUGAUCGGUGCGUCAUUCUUGUCGGGCCCUCCAGCCGCAUUGAACCUAUGCUUUGUCAGCAUCGCAACGAUAUGUUGAAGGUUUUCAGGCAGCACCACCUUGUCCACUUCCAUCCGUUUUCCCGUGCCCAGAUGCAACAGAUCCUCGAGAUGAAACUGUGCGACCAGGAGGUUCAGGCAACUCCCGGAGCAAUUGAUGAUGCCAUGAAGGCUCUCGAACAUGCUCGCAUGCGCCAGGAUUUUGAUCAUGGCAGAGCGAUCGCUCACCUGCUCGGCUCGGCUCACGCUGCCUAUGAGCGCAGCCAAUCCCAGGAAGACCAUGAUGAGUUGCAGACAAAUCGAAUUCUGGUGUCUGAGAACUUCAAGGUAGACGACGUGUGCGGCCAAAAAACAUUGAACUUCGGCGAGGAGUUGAAACAUACCCUCGUAGCAGAUGACAUUGUUCUGCUGCUGGAACGCUACCACCAUGAUCUAAGAGCCUCCUGGUUGCUGGGCGUGGAUCCCUCCAGACGAGUGCCGCUUGCAAUCAUCUUCAAGGGUGCCUCGGGGAUCGGCAAACGGAUCGUGGCACAAUUUUUUGGCCGCCUGUACUACACCAUGGGCGCCCUGGCUUCCGCAACAGUGGUGGAGUGUUCUGCGACCGACCUUAUCCCUCAGGAUAGUCGCACCGCAUCCACCCAAGCCCGCUCGUUGCUGGAAAAAAGCCGUGGCGGUGUCCUGUUCGUGGAGGACGCUCAUCGACUUGGCGAAUUCGAAUCCGCUACUCAAACGAUUAACGACCUCAUCUACCUUCUUCCCAGAUACUCUCGGGACACUGUUGUGAUUCUGGCAGGAUCUGGAUCCGAGAUGGACCAGAUGCUCUCCACCCAGCCUCGCCUCUCAAGUCUUUUUCAAGAAGAGAUUGUGUUUAAGAGCCCGACGCCCCGCGAACUUCUUCGCUUGCUGGACCAACGUCUCGAUGAGGAGAAGAUCCCAGGACCGCGACCCUUCUUCACAGAUACUCGCACAGAGACCUACCGCGAGUUUACGCGCGCCAUGCAAACUCUUUCCAUGUUCCCUUGCUGGAGCAACGGCCGCGAUAUCGAUGUCUUGGCCAUGUGGAUGGUGUCGGCUGUGAUGCGCGGAGUCCCGCUGGACGGUGACUCUGUCUCUCCACCCCGUCUAUCCGAGGACCAAGCGAUGACCUGUGUGGUGAAGAUGUAUAAUCUUAAACGUGAUCGCCUUCGCUACAACCAGGAUCCCAAGAUGAAGUCAUUGCCUCGGAAUUUGUCGCAGCCCCGUCCAAGCUCUGCCAUGAAGAGCGGGGUCCGAUUCCCUGUCUAG